AUGAUUCUUCUGACGACAUGCAUCCUAGCCAUCACCUCUUGCAAUACUUUCGCCAGGGCAGGCCCUGUAUCAAAACAGGCCAAAUUCGACUGGUCAUCGACCAAGUCUCUAAUCGCCUUCGGUGACUCCUACACGUAUGUCCAGGGAACCCUCGGACAUCAGAAUUAUAGUUUCAUUGGAGACCAAUUCAACCUCGCCUAUGAUGCCGAAAGCCUACUUUCCAACAAGAUAGUCCAAAAUCAAACCGCAACAGCAGAAGGCGGCCCCAACUGGGUUGAGUAUCUCACAGAUUGCGGCGUCCACCCUGGCCUCACCUCACCCCAAAACUGCAAAAAGCAACUCUGGGAUUUUGCAUUUGGAGGUGCGGAUAUCUCAACCGAGUACACACCCCUCCACCACAACUUUACAGUCUCGCUAGUAGACCAAAUAAACCAAUUCAAACAAUACGGCCACCCAGCCCUCCUAUAUAACCUUCCAGGUUUCAAGCAAGACAAAACCCUCGUCGCCCUGUGGAUUGGCAUCAACGACAUCAACGACAGCGCAAAAUACGCUGUCGAUUUCCCAACCUUCUACGAAAACCUCACAUACACACUCUUCAAAUCUGUGGAAACCCUCUACAACUUGGGCUACAGAAACUAUCUGUUCAUGAACCUACCGCCGCUAGACCGUACGCCAGGGAACCAAGCAAAGAGUGAGCCGAGUCCGAACGCCACGCAGGUCGGGUGGUACAAUUCCGCGCUGGCUGAUCAUGCGGCUACAUUUGCAGGAAAGCAUAAGGAGGCACGGGUUAUGCUUUUUGAUGCGCAUGCGAGGUUGGCGGAUAUGCUUGAUGAGCCCUGGAAGUAUGGCAUUGUGAAUACGACGGACUUCUGUGCUGGAUAUGAUCAGCCGGAUAUUGCGGUUGAGUAUGAGAAGUAUGGGUGUCCGACGCCGUUGGAGAGGUAUUUCUGGUUUAAUUCGGGUCAUAUGACUAGCCAUGUCCAUGAGGUUUUGGCUGGGGAGGUGGAAAGGUGGUUGCACAGAUAG